AUGUCGUACCCAUCUUCUUCCCGCCGUGGGCCGGCUGGUCCUCAACACCUCAGUGUCCGCGACCCGCGGGCACAACCUCGCUCAUUCACACCAUCCGACGAUCCGUACGUGUUCGACUCUCCAAUUCCACCAGAGGACGGUGCGCAUACACCCAUUCGUCACGAUGGCUCGCACGCGCCCAACGGAUACGCUACACCUAAUUCUGGCGUGUCCGAAGACUUCAAUGUCGAUGAUCCCGCGCCCACACCAUACACUCCCUACAACCUGAACAACACUCGAGCUCGCAACUCAAAUGCCACGCUCGUAUCCACCGCGAGUCAGGACUUCUUUGGCAUGGAGACCGCUAUGCAGGAGCACCCGGACCGCAGGCCAAACUCCAGAAAUGCGGGCAGAGAUUCGCGGCUGGGACGCUUCGGCGGAGUGUUCUCACCGACUGCUGCGAUGUGGGAAGCUGGUGCGAAUCGCGACCGGUACAAUCGACUCAGUCGGCAACUCAACUCGGCAAUCUCGCACGCGCCAGCGAUCCCCAAUGUUCGUCUCAACACCCUGGACAAGGUGUCCGAGGAGAAGCGCAUCGCUAACCCCGAGACGGAGCAGAAGAAGAAGCCUCUGCGAACCAAGAAAACGAAGCGUUUCUGGCUCAUCUUCGCCGCGCUGAUGGCCGUGACUUGCUUGACCGGUGAGCAUCAAGAUGCUGCAUGACAUGCGCUCGACGUAGUGUAGACAUUCUGACCGUGAUCCUACCCUUCUCUGCUCAGCUAUCGACAUGUCCAUCAUCAGCACUUCCUUGCCGACCAUCGUCGCGCAGCUUCCACAGUCCAGAAUUCCAGCAACCUGGAUCACGUCUGCUUUCUUGUUGACAACGACCGCAUUCCAACCUUUCAUGGGUGGUCUCGCGGAUGUCGUCGGCCGUAGAAACUCUCUCGUCACUGCUGUGGUGCUCUUUCUGGUCGGAUCACUGAUUUGCGCUCUCGCCAAAGACAUGCUUACCCUCGUCGCGGGCCGUGGCGUUCAAGGUGUUGGCGGUGGCGGUGUUCAGGCAAUCGCAGAAAUCGUUCUCUCCGACUUGACUACCCUUCGAGAACGUGGUCUGUACGUUGGUCUCAUUUCACUCGUUUUUGCCGUCUCGACCUUUAUCGCUCCGGUCCUCGGAGGUGUCUUCUCCGAGACCGACUGGCGAUGGAUUUUCUGGAUGAAUCUGCCUCUUGGUGGAGUGGUACUAGCUAUGAUCAUCCCGACAAUGAAGCUGCACACUCCUCCGAUGCCUUGGAAAGAGAAGCUCCACCGUAUGGACAUCCCUGCCAACUUGGUACUCUUUGGCUCGGUCAUAGCACUUCUCAUCGCCAUCACGGAAGGUGGCGUGGAGCAUCCUUGGGGCUCGGCUAGGAUCAUCGCACCUCUUGUUGCCGGCAGCGUCGGUAUUGCAAUCUGGCUCGCCCUGGAGUUCAUCCCCAACCGUUUCGCUCCCGAUCCCGUCCUGCCUCUGCGUCUAUUCACCAACAUCACCGCUGGAACUUGCUUCUUCAUGACGUUCAUGCACGGCAUCGUGACUUACGGUGCAACGUACAUCCUGCCAGUCUACUUCCAGUCCAUCAAGGGUGCCAACCCUCUUCGGUCAGCCAUCGACAUCUUCCCAUCAACUGCUCCGGGACCGAUUGCUGCCAUCAUCGCUGGUAUCGUGAUGGCUGUCACGGGCAAGUACAAAAUCCAGAUCGCCUUCUGGUGGGCCACCAUCCUCAUUGGUGUCGGGCUUAUCCUCCACUGGGACGUCGACACUCCCGUUUACGAGUGGGUCAUUAUUCAGCUGGUUCCCGGCUUCGGUGUCGGCGCCCUUUACGCUCUCACUCUACCGCCGAUCCAGUCGUCCUUGCCCGUGGUCGAGUUAGCGCAUGCGACCGCUACAUUUGCAUUCUGCCGCAGUCUCGGGUCCGUCUUUGGAAUCGCGUUCACGACCACUAUCUUUGUGGCGCAGGUCGACCCGAAGCUCGCUGCCAUUCCAGGUGCAGCUGAAGCAGGCCUGCGAGGUAGCACCGCCCUUGGGUUCGCGACGGAGUUGCACCGUCUGCCCGCUGAGCUGCAGCCACCAGUAAUCGACGCUUUCAUGUCCGCCCUCCGUUCGGCUUUCUUGCUCCUCGUGCCGUGUGCGGCCAUCGGCCUCAUCGCUUCGUUCUUCGUCAAGGAACUGCCGCUUCCAGACUUUAACGAAUCGGACUUUGGUAUCAACGAUGGCACCAACCCAAACGCAGUGUUGGCCAACGCGGAGGUCGCUCAUCAAGCCGAAGAGGGUCUUGUCACGGUCGAAAAGCUGCCCAAAGCACCUGAGCGCUCGCUUUCCAAGAGAUCGCAGCCGCCACCUUCGGACAGCCCGUACAGCCCUUACAGCUCCAGCGGCAAAUUUGGUAGAAGCCCCUCGUUCGAUCACGGUAGCAGCUCCUCCCCCGACACCAGCUCGCCUACCGGCUAUCCCAAAGGCACAGAGCGACGCAUGUCUACGAGCGAAGCAUACAAGAAAGCUCAAGCGGCUCUGGCCCACGCUCAGCCGCCAAAGCCUCGUCACGUUCGUCGUCGUUCCAGCAGACUGAGUCUGUACGGUGACGAUGAGAACGAAAAGGAAGCGCAUCACGCCCUUGCAAGCUUGCGCGACGUGGACCGCGCUCGCAAAGAAGCUGCGCGUCAAAGCGUUAGGAAUCCAGAUGGCACUUGGCUCGGCACGGUGCAAAGCGACCCUGCUGGCACCGGGGCCGCUGGCUUUGGCGACUUCGACUAUAGCGUUGAUGACGACGACGACUAUGACUGGAGGCAGGGUCGCCGCUAA